AUGGCACCAGCUCGCCGCCUUACCUCGUGGCGCGGCCUGGACGCGUGUCUCGGCGCGGUCUACCGCGCGUUUUCCACCUUCAUCCCAUCCGCCCCUCCUUUCGCCGCCCCUCCGCACGCGCCAAGCUUCGCCGCGUCGUCGCGAUCCGAUCAGCCAACCAUUCCGCGCACCGCGUACGAUCUCGAGCAGCAAGGAAGCGCAGCUGAGCCGUUGAUUCACCCUGCCGUCUCCGCCGCAUCCGGCCCGUCCGUUUUAGCCCCGUCGGAUUUACUAUUGUCUCCAGACGAUGCGAAUCGAUUUGAGGUUAUGGCGGUUCCUAAGAGGAAGGUGACGCCAUCGCGGAGGGGCAUCAGGAAUGGUCCCAAAGCCCUCAAGGCCGUGCCUGUGGUGGUGAGAUGCCUGAGUUGUGGGUGUGUGAAGCUGCAGCACCAGUAUUGCUGCAAGGACGGGGACAGGCACCGCCAGCAAGCUUCGCAGUAG